CAGCAGCAGUGGCAGGUCAUGGCACGUUACACCAUCUCAGCAGCAGCCCAGGGCUGUUUAGGCAAAUGAGAGUGUGUGGCUGGCAGAGGCAGGGCAUUUACCCUCUCUCCCCCUCUCUUUACUGCCUCUUAUUCAAAUUUGGGUCAGGGGUGAGGAUUUCUCACGUCACACACAAGCUUGCAGGCAAGAUGGCGCUCGGAAAGCUGUGAGAUGUGAAAACAGAAUGACUGUUUGAAGAGCUUCUCUCGAUGCAUUAAGGUUUCAUAGGUGAAGAAAAAGAAGUUGGAAAUGGAAUUGCCAAAUCAUGCCAAACAAUUGCUGCUGCAGCUAAACCAACAAAGAGCCAAAGGUUAUCUGUGUGAUGUGAUCAUAGUAGUAGAAAAUGCCCUUUUUCGGGCCCAUAAGAACAUCCUGGCUGCCAGCAGUAUCUACUUCAAAUCCCUUAUCCUUCAUGACAACUUGAUUAACCUCGACACGGACAUGGUCAACCCGUCGGUUUUCCGGCAGGUUCUGGACUUUAUUUAUACUGGCAAGCUUUUGUCAUCUGAUCAGUUCAGUGACCACAAUUUCAAUGCCCUUCUAACGGCAGCAAGCUACCUCCAACUUCAUGACCUGGCAGCUCUCUGCAGGAAGAAGCUCAAGCGUAAUGGAAGAUCCCUUCUUAAUAAACCAACCACACCUACCAAUGGAAGAACGUCUAGGAACCAAAGGCUGUCCUCUACACCUGUAACUCCAAACCAAAUGUCAGGGUUAAAAGACAGUGAGAAGACAAAGAGGCAUGAGGAGCUACUCAAAGAUGACUUGUCUGAGGACGAGAUGUUUGUGAGAAACACCCACUGUGCAACCUCAGCAAAUUCGCUCAGUCCCUCAACGAGUAAGAAUGGAAGCAAUGGCAGUUGUGGCAUGCAGGAACUUGGCCUAGACCUUUCCAAGAAAAGCCCCUCAGGGAGCACAGCCACUGAAGAAGUAAGUCCCAGCAGCAUCCCACAAGAAUCACCUCAAUCUGCCUCAGAAUCCACAGCCAACAGUGCCUCAUUUGAUGAGAACACCAACACGCAGAACCUCACCGCUGGAGAGCCCAUGGAGCUAGGUGGAGGAGAAUGCGAAGAGAGCCAACCGCCUCCGGACAUUGAACGGCAUAAAACUUCCCGGCAGGUCGCCCGGCAGAGGCGGCAACCCAAGAGUGAAGGCAACAAGGGUGAAGAUGCAGAACGAGGAACUUUACCCAACGGAGUUGCCAAAAGAUUGAACGUGGCUGGGGAGAGGCUCCCUGGUGGAGGAAAUGGCAAUUCUGAAGUAUCCUUCCAGUGUAAAGAUGACGAGGAAGGUUUGGAGAAUGGACAGGAGCAAAGUGAAGAGAGUGGACAGAGCGAGAGUGAAGGUGGGCGGAAUAGCGCCAAUUACGUCUACCGCCAGGAAGGCUUUGAGCCUGCCCUUGGUGACAACCUUUAUGUUUGCAUCCCCUGUGGUAAAGGCUUCCCGAGUUCCGAGGAACUGAAUGCCCACGUGGAGACCCACACAGAGGAAGAGUUGUACAUCAAAGAGGAGGAUGAUGAUUCCUAUCCAAAGGAAGAUGAAGUAGAAGCGGAAGACUUGUCUUCACAAAUAACCCAUGUCCAUGGCGCCGAGUCGCGUCGCUUCAGCUGCUCGGUCUGCAACAAAAGCUACAAAGAUCCGGCCACUCUUCGACAACACGAGAAGACCCACUGGCUCACCCGUCCCUUCCCCUGCAACAUCUGCGGCAAGAUGUUCACCCAACGUGGCACCAUGACCCGCCACAUGCGCAGCCACCUGGGGCUGAAGCCAUUUGCCUGCGAGGAGUGCGGCAUGCGCUUUACCCGCCAGUACCGGCUCACAGAGCACAUGCGGGUUCACUCAGGUGAGAAGCCGUACGAAUGUCAGCUAUGUGGGGGCAAAUUUACCCAGCAGCGUAACCUCAUUAGCCACCUACGAAUGCAUACCUCCCCGUCAUAAGCCAAAGACACCUUGAACAGGAGACCCUCAGCAAAAAGAGUCAAUGCACACCUCUUCCUUUUGAAGUACACUGCAAGGAGCCGAUAACCCAAAGCAGGAUUCUCUUCUGCUGUAAAUUACAGGAGGAGCCUUUCAAACAACGAGCCCCAACAAUGGAAAGAAUAAACCAAUCGGUAUGAGUUUAUGGGCAUAUGAAUUAUUUUUUUUAUUUUUUAUUUUAUUUUUUUUAAUUUUGCUGUGAAUGUAAAACUGGGGUACUAAUGCUGUUGUAUGAUUCCUUGGGAUAUUGUGACCACUCUCAAACACUGCAAUCCAUGCAUUGCUUUCAUGAGUCUGUGUGGUCUGUCUGAUUGUUUAGGUUUUUUUUUGGGUAUCCCAGAAAUAUUCCUUCUUUCCAUUCUUGGUCCUUGAUAAAGUAUCACUCUCGAGAGUUCUGGUGGUAUAUUUUAUGUGAAACUCUCAACAAGGUUUGGGCUUGUACUAACCAAGUUAUUCUAUACACAAAGGUUCUAAUUCUUUGAAGUGUCUCCUAAGGGUCUCAAAGAUAGUGUUGUCAGACAUGCAAGAUGGCUUGUCUGUCGUCAUUUAAGUGGUGUUUCAUAAAAGCUUUGUGCAUCCAACCAAACAUUUCCCAGUAUACCUACUCUGCACAUCACAUCCAUUGGCUUAAUUCUAGGUGUAGCUGGAAAACAGGGUCUUUGUAAGUUUAGUACUGUGGUUUUAGCAUGGAUUUACCCUAAUGUACCCUGCUCCUACAUCUGGAUGCAAGCCAAUGGCAAAGUGGUGACGAGAGGCCAUGGGCAUCUUUUUUGUCGUUUACUCACAUAGUAUAUAGGGGUUUACUCUCAAAGAAAAGCCAAACUUAAAGGUACUUGUUUUUAGAUUUCUUUAGAUAACUUAUUGAUAUGCUUCUGUGAAUGUUUUAACUGGAAGUUCUUUCCUUUUUAUUUCUUUGGGAUCAGAGAGGGUUGGGUUGGUUUGGGUGAUGGGUUGGGCAGGGUUCAUUUUAGUGAUAUUGAACUUCAGAAAUUCUGUCGGUACUUUUAUUUUUCACUUUUUUUGAUUACGUAUUUUCCCUUCAUUGAACAAGGCGAGUCCGUAUGGUCCCGUCUCAUUGCUACCUCUUAAUUAAGAACAAUACAUUAAUUGGAACUAGGGGUGUGCGAUAUAUAUCGUCUGCAAUUAAUAUCGUAAUUGUUGUUUUAACGAUGUGCAAUUUGACAUUAUCGAGUAUUUUGCAAAAACCAAACAGAACACCUACGGAGCUAGUGCACACAUACAUUACAUGAUGAAGUCUAGACUAGGGCGCGUGCGCAUUUAGAGUGUGUUCUUUCACUGCAUGAUUCAGUCUAAUAAAAUGCAUUAAGAAUGAUCACAAAAUUCAAGAUAUGGGGGCAGAAAAUGUGUGUGUAUAUAUCAUUUCAUAUGGUUAAAAUCACAUGAAGAGUGCCGUGUUUUUCUUCAAAAAUAAGCAUGAUUACAAAUGUGAUGUUGAUUUUAUACAAAGAAACUUACGUUUUAGACACCAUAUUGCCUGUUUUUGCUCCAUUUCGCCAACAAAAAAAUAAUUCCAAACAGCGACAGCACUGUUUUGCGUCUCUGAGCAACAUGAUGAUGUUGUUUCUUUCCUGAAUGAAUCCACCGUUUAAAUGAUUCGGUUCAGUCGCAAUGACUCACUUGCUGCCACCUACUGGCGGUUUUAAUUUCACAUUCAAAGUAUCUUUUCAUUUUAAAAUAAUUUCAAAUAUCAGUAUUCAAUGUUUUAUGUUUAAAAUAUCAAAACAUUAUGCAUUUAAAUUAAGGUUAAAGCACUCCAUGUCCCUGUGCGCUGCAUUAAACAGUGUGUAAAUGCAUCUAAAUGCCACUUCAGAUGCAACUUCUGCGAAGAUUAAUUUUGUUGAUGCUGGUCUCAUUUGUUUGGUAACAGCCUAAAUGUCUUAUUAUGCUAAUUGACUGAUUAAAUGUAACAAUUUGAUUCAAAAGAUUCACACUUUUAGGCAAAAAUUUGCUUUAUUAAAAGUAAAAUUGCCCAUAAAAGGUAAAAAUCAAUUUAAACUUAUAUGAAAAGAUUUAUUUCUAUCAAUGAUGUGAAUAUCACACAGAAUAUAAGGAAUAUCAAAAACUGCAGCUGUCCACGGUAGUCCGAUAUCAGCACAAUAACACACUCAAAAUAUCGUCUAAUUAUCGUUAUUGAAAAAAUCCCCAAAAUAUCGAGAUAUCAUUUUAAUUUUUUUAUCAAUAUCGCACACCCCUAAUUGGAACUAUGGAGGUCUCUGAAUAUAGAUGUAUAAAGUUUGCUGAGGCUUUCAAAGUAGUUGUAACCUGCCCAUCAACAAAGGUUUUAAGUUUUAAAAGCAUUCAUGUAGAGAAUAGCUUCUUCGGGCGCAUGUAUUUAAGGUAUUGAGAGUUUUAUGUCAGAGAAAUCCAAAGAGAAAUUUAAUAUUGGGGAGAAUGGCUUACCAACAAACGUUUCCUGUAGAAUAUCCCUACCAAAGUUUUUAGAUUGCAUUGCAGGAGGUAAGGAUGUACUUUUGUCUUUUAGUUCUUGACGAAGAGCAAUGUAGUGGGAUGUUAGUUUGUACUUGACAUUUUACUAAAAACCAAUGAACUUCUUCUGGUGGUUGGUGGGCCGCUGGCUUUCCAUUUUUUUGAAGUUUACAGUAGUUUUUUCAAGAGUGUCUUUUGGUUUCUUACUUUGUCUGCAGAGAGACUUUGAAGAACUUCAGAAGGACUAAUUUAUUUGAGUUCAGACCAAGAGAAAACCACAUAGCAAGUGUCGUAGGUUCUUGUGUUACAUGUUGACCACACUUGGAAAGCUUACUGAAUGAGGAGGAAUUGAUGCACUGGAUUGCUUAUUAGCCAUCUGCUCCAAAUAAAACCUUUUUCUAAAACCAUGCUAAGUUACAUGGCAUCAAGUAAAAACCAUUAUCAUUUACUCAUUCGAGGUAUUAUGUAAAGCAUGCAUGUUGAAAAGAAUUUAAGGUUAUUCAAAAUGCUGGCAAUUGUGUCGGGUGAAUGUUACAUGAUCAGUGUUGGGUAGACGCUGAUGGAUGUAUUUAUAGUUCAGUGCUGAAUUCUUUGCUGCCAUCUUCAUUUCAUAACUCGGUUACGGAUGAAUUAUUUCGCCAAUCCCAGUGUAUCACAUUCCAUGUGUAAUUCUUAGCCUUCUUAAUGUAAAAGUCUUAAUGGCAUUCCUUUUUUUUGGGAUAUGUAUUUUUUUUUUUCUGGUUCUUUCUCCAAAGUCGUGUGUUUGGGCUUGCUAACGAUGAACUUUGGGGUGCAGCUAUAGUCGUGCUAACAGAGCAGUGUUUACGGACGCCUUUUUCCUGGAAUUCUUUCGGCCUUUAAUUUGCCUGCUCAAACUUUGUUUUUUCAUAGAUUUUUAAAGUCGUCUCCAUUAGUUAUUCAAGUCGGUAUACUGAACUCAUUCCAUUUACACACAGUAUUCAUGUGAUUUCAGCAUAGCACCAAAACUAACCAAAAUAGCCAGUUAUAGUUAACUUUAAACCAAUGCAAGUCACCAAAAUGUCUUAUUUUCUAAGUUGUGCACAUCUUGGAUGUUAGAUUUUGUUUUGUUACAGUAUAAGUGCGCUCUGGGGUUGAUUCACACCUCAACUCAGGGAGACUUUUGAAAUAUUUUUUGUCGUCAAACGUACUGAACAGGAUUCCAGGAAAAGGUUCCCAUUGAUAUCUUGCUAAUUUACAAGCACUUAAUUUGAAUACCAUCAAAAGACGGUGUCUUGGGUGAUACGAGGCUCUGUUAUUGAUUCCAGCGUUUUGAGACUAUAGCUGAGAGAACUGGGAGAGCGGAAAAAAGGAUGACAAAGUUUCAAACUGUGACAAUAAUGUUUCUACUUCAAAGCUUCAGGGAUAGUUCUGCAUAUUUUGAAAUGCGGAGCUUUCGACUACAUUUGUAAGACUGUGUCAAUUUCUGUAUUUUAUUGAUGAAAAGCAAAACACUAGUUUCCUACGAAAUAGAUUUUACGAGUGUGUUCCCAUUUCAAAACGCCUUCAAAAAAACAAAAAAACAAAAACAAAGCCAGAUAUGUACAUGGAAGAGUUUUACUUUUAAGUUCUAGAGUGUUUUUGAAAAAAAAAAAACAAGAAAAAAAAAAAACAA